GCGAUUCCUUAAAAAAUGCCAGGCGCUAACUGAGUUUAAACCCAAAUAAGGCGAAUUAAAUCGAAGCUUCGCUAAGAUGUAUGGCUUACUUUUGGAGAACCUCUCCGAGUACAUCAAAUCGGUGUACGGCGAGGAGAAAUGGGAGGACAUCAGACGACAGGCGGGCAUCGAUGCGCCUUCGUUCAGUGUCCAUCAGGUGUACCCCGAGAAUCUUCUGCAGAAACUGGCCAAGAAAGCGCAAACG